AUGCGUCCCUGUGCAUCCCCAUGCAUCCCUGUGCAUCCCUGUGCUCCUGUGAAUCCCCGUGCAUCCCCAUGCAUCCCUGUACAUCCCCAUGCAUCCCCAUGCAUCCCUGUGCAUCCCUGUGCUCCUGUGAAUCCCCGUGCAUCCCCAUGCAUCCCUGUACAUCCCCAUGCAUCCCCAUGCAUCCCUGUGCAUCCCUGUGCUCCUGCCCAGCUGCUCCGCAGCCAGGAGGGAGCCGGGAGCCUCCCAAUGCUCGCGAGAUGCUCACGGAGCCACCGGAACGCGCUCGCGCCCUCGGCCUUCCCUGCUCGCUUCCUCCGCAAUCGCUACCUGGGUUAA